AUGAAGCUCAAUCUCAUUGCGCUUUUCCUUUUUAUAUUCAGCUUCGCAGCUGCGUCUCCAGUAGCAGAGCCCGACGAAGUAGACGGCCUUGAAGCUCGUGACGCUGACAUAUACGAGAAAGGCCUCUACGAACGUGACUCAAGCCCGGAGCACUUCCAGCACGACCACAAAUGCAACCAGCAAGAGAGCCGGUGUGAGCCAGGCCAUUGGAACUCGAACAGCUGCAAGUGUAAUGGUAAAUGGUGCGACCAAUUUGAUCCCAAUUGCAACAACUGGAGCUGGAACAAGUGCAAAUGCAUAAAGAAGUGCGAUGGCCCGGACCGCCAUUGCAAGCCCGGUGACUGGGACUGGAAUAGCUGUCGCUGCAAGGGCAAGUGGUGUGGUAAUUACGACUCCAACUGCAAUAACUGGAGCUGGAACAAGUGCAAAUGCAAGAAAGUCUGCAACGAAGCUGACCGCCAUUGCAAGCCCGGUGACUGGGACUGGAAUAGCUGUCGCUGCAAGGGCAAGUGGUGUGGUAAUUACGACUCCAACUGCAACAACUGGAGCUGGAACAAGUGCAAAUGCAAGAAAGUCUGCAACGAAGCUGACUGCCAUUGCAAGCCCAGUGAUUGCGACUGGAAUAGCUGUCGCUGCAAGGGCAGGUGGUGUGGUAAUUACGACUCUAACUGCAAAACGUGGAACUGGGAUAAAUGCCAGUGUAAGAAGGUCUGCCAUCAAGCAGAUCCUCACUGCAAACCACAGGACUGGGAUUGGAACAAUUGUCGCUGUAGAGGCAAAUGGUGCGACAACUUCCAGCCUAAUUGCAACAACUGGAAUUGGGAUAAUUGCAGGUGCAAGCACCACAAGUCCUAG